GCUGCGAAUGUCAAGUCCGUGGCACACAAACAAAGCAGCACACAAAAACCGAAUUCGAGCUCAGAGCUCAAAAAACGAGAAAAAAACGUAGCUACAAAAAUGUUGACCACGAUGAGAGGCAGCGCAAAGAAACUUCCCAUCUGGCCACUGACCCAUUUUCGCAGAUUCCCGACAUUGAUUAAAUCCCACGCAAGUUCCGAAGAAAAAUUUGAGCAAAAAGCUGAGGAAGUGGACGGCGUAUCCAAUAUGAAGCUACCCUACUUUAUAAGCCCAAGGUGUGUUCAAAAUCAGGAUCAACUGGUUGAUGGGCAGACGAAAAUGUUCACCUACAACUAUCAUCCGUUUUCCAUUUACGAUUUAAAUGAAGCUACUCUUCGCGCCAAGCAAGCAGCAGAUGAGUAUUCAAAGAAAAUUGAUGAGUUGCAAAAGCGUAAGAUUGAAUAUGUAAACAAGUAGUUGGUGACAAUAAUCUCAUUAAUAGAUAAGCGAUGAUAUCAUACAAUGAGGAUUGAAUUAUUUACUUACUAUUAAAGAUAGAAAUAUUCAAAAUAUUAAUGUUUACAGACAACAACUAAAAAUAAUUUCAAAUCAAUAAACUCACCGCAGCCUAGUUAGGCACACAGCAAAACUCACCAGUUUGGUUGGUUUCUAAGCUAAGCGCCUCAUAGGCUCGAACCAAAACAGUUUGACAGCCACUGAAUUUAAAACCUACUCUUUCCGUUCUUUUUGCCUUGAGUUUUUAACUUCAACUUGCAAUUUGAAUUGUUAAUAAAUUUGUAUCAGAAAUUCGCAU